AUGUCUGUCUCAAGAACCCAAAAGACCUACAGGAGCACCAGCACUGUUGCCCCUCGCGCCUUCAGCAGCCGUUCCUACACGUCUGGCCCCGUGAGCCGCAUCAGCACGAGCUCGUCCUACUCCAGCUAUGGUGGGAGCAGGUACGGAGGAGGCAGCAUGCGGGGACCGUCGACGGGCUACGGACUCGGCACCGGGGGCGGCAUCACCGCCGUCAGCGUCAACCAGAACCUGUUGGCGCCUCUCAACCUGGAGAUCGACCCUACCCUCCAGCACGUGCGGACGCAGGAGAAGGAGCAGAUCAAGACCCUCAACAACAAAUUCGCCUCCUUCAUCGACAAGGUCCGCUUCCUGGAGCAGCAGAACAAGAUGCUGGAGACCAAGUGGGACCUGCUGCAGGGCCAGAAGACCACCCGCAGCAAUAUGAACAGCAUGUUCGAGGCCUACAUCAACAACCUGCGCCGGCAACUGGACGGCCUGGGCCAGGAGAAGCUGAAGUUGGAGGCUGAGCUGGGUAACAUGCAGGGCCUGGUGGAGGACUUCAAGAAUAAGUAUGAGGAUGAAAUCAAUCACCGCACUGAGAAGGAGAAUGAAUUUGUCCUGCUUAAGAAGGAUGUGGACGAGGCCUACAUGAACAAGGUGGAGCUGGAGUCCCGGCUGGAAAGCCUGACUGACGAGAUCAACUUCCUGAGGCAGCUGUAUGACGAGGAGCUGCGUGAGCUGCAGUCCCAGGUCUCUGACACCUCUGUGGUCCUGACCAUGGACAACAACCGCAAGCUGGACCUGGACGGCAUCAUCGCAGAGGUUAGAGCGCAGUACGAGGAGAUGGCCAACAGGAGCCGGGCGGAGGCUGAGACCAUGUAUAAGACCAAGUACGAGGAGAUCCAGGCGGUGGCGGGGAAGCACGGGGACGACCUCCGUAGCACCAAGACCGAGAUCAACGAGCUCAACAGGAUGAUCCACCGGCUACAGUCGGAGAUCGAUGCCCUGAAAGGCCAGCGUGCCAACUUGGAAGCAGCCAUUACUGAGGCCGAGGAGCGCGGUGAGAUGGCCAUCAAAGAUGCCAGUGCCAAGCUGGCCGAGCUGGAGGGUGCCCUGCAGAGAGCCAAGCAGGACAUGGCCCGCCAGCUGCGGGAGUACCAGGAGCUGAUGAACGUCAAGCUGGCGCUGGAUAUCGAGAUCGCCACCUACAGGAAGCUGCUGGAAGGAGAGGAGAGCAGGCUGGAGUCUGGGAUGCAAAGCAUGAGCAUUCAGACCAAGACGACCGGCUAUUCAGGUGGGCUUGGCAGUGCAUAUGGUGGUUACGGGGGAGGGUACAGCAGCUCCUACUCGGGUGGCAGCUACUCCCUGAAAUCCCCCACACUGGAGAGCUCGCCUCUCGCCAGGUCGAAGGCCAUCGUGAUCAAGAAAAUCGAGACCAGGGAUGGGAGACUGGUGUCUGAGACCUCAGACGUCGUGUCCAACUGA